AUGGUGGAAGUCGCUGUGCUGGGAGAGUGGAGGUUCUUCAUGAAGGACAGUGGGGAACAGUGUGGUGAUGACUGGGAUAUGAAAGAAGCUGCAGUGGUGUGUAGAGAACUGCACUGUGGAGAAGCUGUAGAUGUACGUUAUGAAGCUCACUUUGGAGAAGGAUCAGGACCAAUCUGGAUGGAUGAUGUGGACUGUAGAGGAUCAGAGUCGACACUGAAGGACUGUAGAUCAGCAGAGUGGGGUGAAAGUGACUGUAAUCAUGGUGAAGAUGCUGGAGUCAACUGCUCAGGUCAGAAUUCCAGACUAAUUGCUGGUCCUCACCGAUGUUCUGGAAGAUUGGAGGUGCUUCAUGGAGGUUCCUGGUCCACAGUGUGUGAUGUUGACUUUGACCAGCAGGAUGCAGAGGUUGUGUGUCGAGAGCUGGACUGUGGGAUUCCUGUGAAGGUUCUGGGAUCAGUUGCUUUUGGUCGAGGGGAGGGUCAGGUGUGGACAGAGGAGCUUCAGUGUAGAGGAAAUGAAUCUGAAAUUAAACUCUGUCCAACAUCAUCUUCACUCAAACACUCAAACUGCUCCCAUCACAAUGAUGUGGGAUUAAUAUGUUCUGAGACUGUGAGGUUGGUGGAUGGUGGAAAUCGCUGUGCUGGGAGAGUGGAGGUUCUUCAUGAAGGACAGUGGGGAACAGUGUGUAGUGAUGACUGGGAUAUGAGCGAUGCUGCAGUGGUGUGUAGAGAACUGCACUGUGGAGAAGCUGUAAAUGUGCAUUAUGAAGCUCACUUUGGAGAAGGAUCAGGACCAAUCUGGAUGGAUGAUGUGGACUGUAGUGGAUCAGAGUCGACACUGAAGGACUGUAGAUCACGUGGGUGGGAGAAACAUGACUGUAAUCAUGGUGAUGAUGCUGGAGUCACCUGCUCAGGUCAGAAUUCCAGACUCACUGCUGGUCCUCACCCAUGUUCUGGAAGAGUGGAGAUGAUUCAUGGAGGUUCCUGGUCCACAGUGUGUGAUGGUGACUUUGACCAGCAGGAUGCAGAGGUUGUGUGUCGAGAGCUGGACUGUGGGAUUCCUGUGAAGGUUCUGGGAUCAGCUGCUUUUGGUCGAGGGGAGGAUCAGGUGUGGACAGAGGAGCUUCAGUGUAGAGGAAAUGAAUCUGAGAUUUACUUCUGUCCAUCAUCAUCUUCACUCAAACACUCAAACUGCUCCCAUCACAAUGAUGUGGGAUUAAUAUGUUCUGGUCACACAGAGGCUCGGCUGGUGAACGGAUCAGACUCCUGUUCUGGUCGAGUGGAGCUCCAGUACCUCAGUGAGUGGGGCACAGUUUGUGCUGUAGGCUGGGAUAUGAGAGCUGCAGAUGUUCUCUGUGCACAGCUGGAUUGUGGGAGUGCUGUGGCUGUGGUGGAGGUGGACUGGUUUGUGGAG